AUGAGUGACAGGAUGAGUGAACUGGAUGCGAACGUGACCCACACAGGUCCAAAAGGAGUCAUCAAUGACUGGAGGAGGUUUAAGCUGGAGAGUAUGGACCAGGACAACUUGCCACCUGCAAAAAAGGAACUGCUCAGACAGAUGUCAUCUGCUCACACAGCAAGCGACGACCCCAGAUCAAAUGUCCGCAAGAUGAGUGUCCAAGAGUACGAGCUGCUGAAGGAAGAGGAUGAAGGCUGUCUCAAGAAAUACAGAAAGAGGUGCAUGCAGGAGAUGCACGAUAAGCUCAGCUUUGGGCCCAAGUUUGAAGGUGUGCACGACCUGGACAGUGGAGAGGCCUUCCUAGAGGUCAUCGAGAAGGAGCAUCACACUACGGUGGUGGUUGUCCACAUCUACAAGGUCGGGGUCAAAGGUUGUGAGGAGCUCAACAGCUGCCUGGACUGCCUGGCCAUCGAGUACCCCACUGUGAAGUUCUGCAGGAUCGAUGCUGUUUCGUCCGGUGCGGCCGAGCGGUUCUCAGACGAGGUUUUGCCGACCCUGCUGGUUUACAAGGCGGGAGAACUCCUGGGGAACUUCCUGGCCUGCAUGCAGCACCUAAGCGAGGAGUUCUUCGCCACCGAUGUGGAGGCUUUCCUCAACAGCUAUGGCCUGUUGCCAGAGAAAGAUUUGCCUGGUGCGGAAGAAGAAGAGGAAAACGAUGUCGAAUAA